AUGAUUCCCCUGUGUGCAGAUUGCCAGCAUAAUCUAAAGGUAGGCAUAGACACACGAAAAGUGCUGUACCAACAGGAAAAAUUAUUUGAAUCUAUAACUACGCAAACGGACUGCAACUUACAAAUAGCAGCCGACAUAAAAAAGUUCAAUUCAAUUGUUGACUUAUUCGAAAAUGUUGAGCUGCAGCUUAAAGAAUCAGUGGCGAAUGUGAACAUAAACACAUCGUCGCAAGUGGCAAAUGCUGUAUCGGCACUAUCGCAGGCCAUUGACAGUAAUUCUUUUAAUAAGGCCGAUGAGCUGGUCACGCUGAAAAACCAUAUCACAUCACUAUUCAACAUAUCUAUGGGAUCCACAAAAAAACACAUUGAAGAGUAUGUAAAUGAUCUCACUGCCGAUUUGACCAGAGAAUUGAAAAAAAUCUGCAGCGAAGUUCAGAACUUGAGCACCCUUACCAUAGAUAUGGCAGCUCAUUGUAAUGAACACUACCUGAGUGAAUCGCGUCCUACACGUGAAGUUUUAGACGAAGUGAAAAUUAUAACAAAUUCAGUUGGCAGUGACAUUCUCAAAGAAGUACAAUCUCUUGCCGGCUCAAUUAACACUUUGGAUAGCAGUAUACGCGAUGCUUGUUUGCCACCAGCGGGCCCCAGCUUGAUGGACGAAUUAAAUGCCCAAUCAACAAAAUCGGGUGACUCAGGUCACCGUUCCACUGCCGAAGCCACUGAAGGGUGGCGCUUUUUGGGUUCGAAGAAAGUGUGGCGCUCUGACUGGACGGAGUACGACACACGUAAUCAGCGUAGAAUUCAACAGCAAAAGAUGAAAGAUAGGGCGAUGGCACGAAGAAAAGCUAAUAAAAAGCAGUUACAUCGGAUAUCCAGAAGCAGUUAUUAUAACUAUAACCUCAAUGACAACAACAAUAGCAACAACAAUAGCAACAAUAAUCGUAACAACAAUCGCAACAACAAUAGCAGCAAUAAUCACAACAACAACAACAAUACGCAAUGCGGUCGUCCAACAGCUGGCAACUCUCUUCCCCGGGAUAAGGAUCUACUUGCGGCGGCAAGGGUGCAAUUCUCUAGGCCUCCGUUUGAUAAUCAGCGUGGUAUCAGAUAG